AUGGUGCUUUCUGCCCCGACUGCACUGUGGAAGGCCGCCCCGACGCGUCUCUGGCGGAAAUACUCCCGGCACAUUGCUAGAAGUGGGGUGAAGGCGAUGCAUGCAGCUAGGCUCCUGCAGCGGCUCUGCUCUUCGCUUAUUCUAAGCAACAAAACUGUCACAGUGUCUGGACCCCUUGAUGUCCUGCAGAUGAAGGAGGAGGAUGUCCUCAAAUUCCUUACAGCAGGAAUCCACUUAGGUGGCACCAGCGUUGACUUCCAAAUGGAACAGUACAUAUGCAAAAGGAAGAGUGAUGGCAUCCACAUCAUAAACCUGAAGAGGACCUGGGAGAAGCUUCUGUUGGCAACUUGGGCAAUUGUUGCCAUUGAAAACCCUUCUGAUGUCAGUGUUAUAUCCUCCAGGAAUACCGGCCAGCGUGCUGUGCUGAAGUUUGCUGCCAAUGGAGCCACUGCUAUUGCUGGGCCCUUCACUCCUAGAACCUUCACUAACCACCAAGCAGCCUUCCGGGACCUGUGUCUUCUGGUGGUUACUGAUCCCAGGGCUGACCAGCUGCCUCUCACAGAGGCAUCUUAUGUGAACCUGCCCACCAUUGCUCUGUGUAACACAGAUUCUCCUCUGCGCUACAUGGACAUUGCCGUCCUAUGCAACAAAGGAGCUCAGUUGAUGGGUCUGAAGUGGUGGAUGCUGACCCAGCAAGUUCUGUGCAUGCAUGACACCAUCUCCUGGGAGCACCCAUGGGAGGUCAUGCCUCACCUCUGCUUCUACAGAGAUCCAGAAGAGAUCUAAUGCUUUCAAUUCACUCUUUGUAAAAAAUUACUUCUAAGAUUUUUAGGACUAGCUGGUGGGUAGAAUUAAAGGAGAGAGAAAGAGACAUCUAUAGAUAUCAUAUACUCUCUGUUAUCAUAAAUUGCAAAAUAAAAUGGUGCAUAUCAUAGCACUGAAAGAG